AUGGCAGAUUCCAAUGCCAAAAUAUCCGUUCUCUUUGUCUGCCUGGGCAAUAUCUGUCGGUCUCCCAUGGCAGAAGGUGUUUUUCGCUCCCUGACCAAAACAAAUCCGCGAAUUGCUCAAAUUGACUCAGCUGGCACCGGUGCAUAUCAUACUCUUGAUCCACCUGAUGACCGAACAAUGGCCACGCUGCGAAAGCACAAGAUCACUGACUACGACCAUGGUGCACGCCAGGUUCUGGGAGUCGACUUUGACAGAUUCGACUACAUAUUCGCCAUGGAUCAGCACAACUUGAGAGAUCUCCAGAGAGUGCAGCGAAGGGUUGAAAGCAGGGGACAGAAGAGCAGGGCUAAACUCAUGCUCUUUGGUGAGUACGGUGGUGGUAAAAGACCCGAGGAAGUCAGCGAUCCCUAUUAUGGUGCCAAUAACGGCUUCGACACUGUGUUUGAGCAAGUCUCACGUUUCUCAAACCACUUCCUCAAGGAAGUGGUGGAUAAGGGCGAAUGA